AUGGAUCAAAGGAAGAGGGCUCCGAGCGGGAGGAGCGAGCCGCCUGGAGCCGGAGGAGGCGAGGCCUUCGCCGAAGCACCGGCCCCGACGGUUCCUGUGGAGGUGCUCGACACGGUGUUUGAGUUUCUGGACGGGAACGGGCUGCUGUCUUGCGAGGCCGUCUCGUACUGCUGGCGGCGUGCCACCGAUCGGGCACACUUGUGGCAGCGGGCGUGCAUGUCUGCUUUCCCCCACCUGCGGGACUACUACUUUAGCCGGUCGCCGUACACGUGCUGCAGCGCCUACGAGGGGGACUACCGAGAAACCUUCCUUGACGGCAACCGAGGUAACCGCUCCACGGUCUUGGACUGGAACAUGGAGGCGGUAACGGGGGGCGCCGCGGACGGGGCUGACGGAAUGGAGGGGGGGGACCCAGAACAGUCGGAGCGGAGGUACUUCCCCCCGUUCUCCCUGUGCGGCUACCUCUUCAUGCUCCUCGCCGACCCGACCGGCAACCCCCGCGCUGCCAGCCAGGCGGAGGCGGCCGGCGCGCCUCCCGUCGAGAAGGGCCUGUCCGUCUACCUCACUGUGGCCUUCCACGACGACGCCCCGGGCACUCCUCCCUGGGGGGUAGGGGGAGUGGCCGGCGGGGCGUCCUUCGAGGGAUUUCCGCCCCCUCCGCAGCACCUGUUGGUCGGCCAACCGUGGGGAGCCGAGGAGGCAGGGGGGGCGCGAGCGGAGGCCAAGAGCGAUCCGCACGGGUUGCGUCGCAGGAGGCGGCGCGCGCGGACCCGCGAGGGCAGGGCGGCCAUCGUUUCGCACGCGGGGGACCCCGCGGCCAUCGCGCGCGAGUGCUGCACCGCUUUCUCCCUGGCGGCGGUGAAAACCGCGGGGGACAAGGGCGUGGUGUGGGUGUCGUCGAUGGAGGGGGACAGGUUCUGGCUGGGCAGGCGCAGCUGGGGGGUGCACUGCCUGAUCCCGAUGGGCAAGGUGCAGGACCCGGAGCAAGGGUUCGUGAAGGACGGCAGGCUCACGGUGCGGCUUCGCGCCCGGCUUCUUUUCCUCUUCCUGCACGUCUACACCACGGCCGACCUCGCUUCCCACCGCGGGUUCGGGGUUGUUCCGGUUCGCGGUAGGGACCGACGGUUUCACUUCUACGGCAACGAUGGGACCGAGCAGGAGGAAGAGCAAGAAACUUCCCGAAACCAUCCUCGGGACACCCCCCCCGCCGCGGCCACCGGUUCUGACGGGCGUUCUUCUCCUGGAGGGAAGAAACGCAACACCAGCACGCCCGCAAAGGGCGGCGGUCCCUUGCCGUGCAUCACGUUCGAGGUUCUCCGGUGCACCACCCUCGAGGAGGUGGAGGGGUUAAUCGCGCGGACGCUCGGAGUGGAGCGGGAGGGGAUCCGGCUCUGGGUGAUCUCGCAGCCGUUCACGGACGGCCCGCUGGCGCCGCGACAGCUGCUCAGCGGGAAAGGCUUGCCGGCGCGAUUCUUAGACGACGGCCAGAACUCGCCAAGCCUGUUCCGGCUUCUUAGCGGUGACGCCGUGGACGAGACGUGCAGGGUGCGUCUCUGGGUAGAGCAGCGGGGCGACGGGGGGUUCUGGGAGACGGAGGGGGGGAGGGACGCGACCCGUCUCUCGCGCGUCUGGCUGCGACGACGGCAGCAGCAGCGGCAAAAGGAGAAGACGGGGGCGCCCCUCGAGCCAUCGUCCGACGGCAGUAGAUGGAGCGGUGAUGGCGGCAGCGGCGCAGGAGAUACCGAUGGAUCUUGGGUGUCGUCGUCGCCCUCGACGCAACCGGACCCCGAGGACAACUACGCCGGCGUGAGGCUUUCCCGAACGGCGGACGUUUACCCGUUUCAUCAGCAGUCGACGUUGGCCUGGGAGUCGGCUAGCGACGAAAGCGCGCCGCCUACCGCCGGCUCACCGGCUUCCGAGGGUGAUGAUGCCGGUGACGAGGAUGGCGCAGCAGCCGAUGGCGCAAGCGGGGACGGACAAAGAAUUCCGCCAGAAGAGCGCAUCCUAGUUUUCGUCAAGACUCUAGGGCUGGGCAACGAAGAAUCACAAUCAGCGGCGGGGACAUGGAGGGGCGGUGACUCCAACGGCUGCGGCGGCGGGGUGGCGGCCUCGCCGCCCACCCCCAAGUAUCUCACGCACGCUGCCCUCCGGGCAUCCAGCCCCUUGCGAAGCCUCUUCGAGCUGGCGGCGGCCGAGCACGACACGGCCCUGGCACCACAAGACCUCGAGGCGUACGUCGAGGAUCUGCCCUGGGUCUGGCAGAGCGCGGUAGUGGCUACCGACCCGGAGAUAUACAACGCGGAGACGGCGGAGCCGUCGGGAGGAAGCACCGCCGCCGUCAGGGGUGGUGCCUCCCAGAACGAGCGCUUCUUCGCGUGCCCUCCCCCGUCAACCUCGCCAGGAGGACUGAACCCGAGUCCGGGAGGAGGUGUCGCCGCCGUGGCGGCAGCGGCAGCGGCAGCGGCAGCGGCGGCGGCGGCGGCGGCCGGGCAACGAGAGCAAGGCGGCGGCGACGUCGGGGUGACCCUGGAGCGGGCCGGGCUAUCCUCCGGCACGUCGAUCUGCUUCUUCCGCGCCGGGGACCGUCCCGCCGUGAGGCGGACGUACAACGCGGCCGUCGAGGGGCUGGUGGAGGAGAUGAACAUGCUGCUGAGGGGGGAGGGGCCGCUAGGGCGCGUGCAUCUCAUAAAGAUGGCGGAAGUGGUAGAGAUUUGCGAAUCUCUAGGGUACCAGGGGUUCCGGACUCGUAUCGCAUACGACCAACAGCGGCACGUGAACCCAAGGGAAACGUUGGAGUACAUCGCUCAAGGAAGACAGCUCGCCUUCAUUUGCGACUCUUGCGGCACGCAAGACUUCACGGGUCCCCGGUACCACUGCCUGGCGUGCCCGGACUACGACCUCUGCCAUCAGUGCAACGCUAAGAAGGAGCCGGCUCCGCGCCAUCGCUACCUCUUCGCCAACGGCCAUUGGAAGAGAGAAGCCGGCUUCCAGGGGCACACCGACGACCACGAGCUGGAGGAAAUUUUCACGGUGCCGGCCGAACGCUGUAACUGGCGAAGAACAUCGUGGUCGCACGACUGAGAUUCUCGCGCUCUGAGUUCAUUUUUUUUUGUAAGAAAAUGCAGAGAAAAUACAGAGAAAAAGACGCGUUCGAGAUAUAUGUGUAACCAGUUUUUAUUUCGUUUUCUAGGCUAUUGAGGUUUGGCGUACGGGAGGGGGGCCCGCGGUCUGAAGUGUUUCUCGCCGUCUCUUGUCUGCGGGCGUACGCACGUACGCACCGCUACGGUGGUACGGACCCGCAGCAAAGAAAUGUCAAGGUGUGGUCAAGGCUUAGUCUCUUAUACCUCGCCGCUGCUGAGAACAGGUUAGGUACUGUAAUGUACAUGGUAUCAUGUAGUGAAGGACGCGCCUCCAAUGUAUUCUGCUAUAUACUUGGAAGUAGUUUCGUACCCAUGGGAAAGCAUUUAGGUCUAUCCUUUAACGUACAGUAAUAAUUUAUGUUGUGUUCGUGAAAAUUCGAGCCUAACUUUCUUGACGGUGUCUGGCCCGUACACUGCCAAGCAGCCGGGUGUCCGUCUUUGUUGCGAUUAUUGCAGUACCAGGUAGUGCUUUAUAUUGCGUCCUCUCUCUGUUGACACGGUAUUCUAGAUUUGUUCGCGAGCAGGUGCAAAUAGUCUCGCUGUGGUAGUUGACAGUCACGCAACCGUAGGAUAGGACCACAUGCGUCCCGUCUCGCCUCACGACCAUGGCAAAGCAAGACAUCUGUAUCCCUUCAUUGUUGGCCUUCGUCUACCAUCGUUUCCCCCU